AUGGAAGAUUUUCAAAUUCGUUUACAAAAUGAAUUAGAAAUACUUUUAUCUAGUAACGAUCAAAUAAAAUUAUUACGUGCUAGACAAGGGGUUUCUAUUUAUAUAAAUCGAUUAUUAAAUGGAUUAAAAAUAACAACGCAACAUGCAUAUAGUGUAGAAGGAAUUGAUAAAUUAAGGAAUAUUAGAAAUAUUGAUGUUGAUCAUGCUGCUUCAUUUGCUCGUCGUGAAAUAUGGAAUUGGUGGGAUUAUUCGGAUGGUGUCAGCGGUCCUGCAUCAUGGGGUUUUUAUUAUCCACUUUGUGAUGCUGGCCGUUUUCAAUCACCAAUUAAUAUUGAAAGUCGUCAUUUAAUUUUUGAUUAUCAAUUAACACCGAUUCAUAUCAAUAAUAGUGAAAAUAUUCGUGGAAUUCUUCGUAAUGACGGACGUAAUCUUUAUAUAAUUCUUCCAUUAGAUUCAAAUUCAAAUAUUGACAUUAGUGGUGGACCACUUCAAUAUAAAUAUCGUCCCGUAGAAAUUUAUAUUCGUUUAUCACCACCGACUAUAGGUAAUGAAAUACCAAAAGGAAGUGAACAUCAAAUUGAUAAUCGAUCAUUUCAUGGAGAAAUUCAACUUGUUGCAUAUAAUAUUGAUCUUUAUAAAGAUUAUGCUCAAGCUCAAACAUCACCGAAAGGAAUCGCCAUAUUAUCUAGCAUGUUGAUGUUGGGUGGUGAUGCUACAGCACAAUUACGUUAUGUUUUACAACAAGCUGAAUUAUUAAAUAAUACUCGUCGACCAUCAGAUAUUCAAUUAUAUAAACUUGAUUUAAAAGAAUUAUUAGCUUUUUCAUCUGAAUAUAUGACUUAUGAAGGUAGUCUAACAUGGCCCGGAUGUUUUGAAAGUGUAACAUGGAUUAUAUUUAAUCGAUAUCAACAAAUUUUAAGUACUUAUUUACAAACACUUUUUACUAAUACACUUCGAUUUGUUAAUAAUCGUCGUACAUUAAUUACUGGAACAACUGCACAUAGAAAUGUUCGAACAAAUAUUGGUUAUGAACAAUGGUUUCGACCAUCAUCAACAUCAACAACUUGUUAUCCAGUAAAUAAUAUACUUGAAUAUCAAGUUAAUAGUGAUUUUGGCAUGGCAGGAAUAUAA